CCAUCUUUGCAGCCAGUCGCUGGAAACACCUUUACGCUUUCGCUACAAAUUUACGUAUAUCCGUGAUUGUUGGGGAGGCAGGAGCUCUUUCAUUCGUGAUGCGUUCAUGGACAGCCGUGACGCCUGCAAUCGCCUCAAGAACACACAGCAAGCGGACGAUCGACAGAAGCAUAAGCAUAAGGCUGAUGCACGCACAUCUCUGAGAACACUGGUUGUCCACGGGGAUUCCGAUUUAUUUAGGCUUCCAGACGAUGAAAAUUUAAUUUUGGAUGGUGAUUUCCGGUGGCGUCGCAGUGACGGGCUCCUGCCCAGCUGUGAAGAUUUUGACUGGCUCGUCGACUACUUAGUGGAAGAAGUAAACACCACAGCAGAUGAUAAAACUGUAGGCGACGCUCUACUUGCGCUAAGUGCCAUGCCCAACCUAAGGAGCUCUACCAAGCGUCACUCCUAUAUCACGGCGCUCAUCCGUUGCAUGGACCCUGCCAGACCUCCCCGUGUCCGACAUGCUGCACUACGAGCCAUUGAUGAUGCUCGAGAAGAAUUGGCAUCUAUGACAAAUGAGUCAAUACCACAGGCUGUGGAUGCAACACUCUUGGACAAGCUCUCGUGUGCUAUUUUGACUGUCGUAUGUCCAAAUCACUCGCAGGACCAGACACUCCCAUGCAGUGGACCCCACGCCUCUUUUAACUGGCGUCGAGAUGCUUGCUACUUUCGUCUCAUCUUUGCUCUUACACAGAGUGAUGAGUGGCGCGAACGUCUGACCCGUGAUGGUCAUUUCGAGCAUUGCAUUGUUCUAGCCGAGCACUCCCUUGAACGCUACUCUUCGGUUCCCGGAUGCUACCUUGCUGGGAUCUUCGCAUAUAUCAAUUCCUCUGACAAGGUUCUUCCUCUCGGCCCUACCCAGAGGAGGUGGCAGGCAUUCAUCAGCGAAACAUGGGAGGAUACCCGCCACGAAAUUUACGAAGACACCGGCGUCAACGCACUACUAGUCCUCGUGGCGGCGACGAGGCAUAAUUUGCGAAGCUGGGAUUCUAGCGUUCCUAACGAAGAGUUAACAGAACUCACUACAGGUGUGUAUAGGACUUUGGAAUCAAUGCAAAGCACGAAAGAUUUCCUUGUGGCUUAUCGUCUAGAUCAGGUUCUAUUUGAUGCUGCCCUAUCCUCCGUGCAGGGCUUGUAUGACGAUUUGCGUCGUAUGAUCGAAAACCCAAACGCUUUGCAGACGGACAAUGGGUCUUUGGAGUCUUGAAGGCAAACCGUUAUCUAGCAGUAUCAUAUAUCCUACAAUGUCAACUUGAAAGUUUACACUUGGAUUGGUAUAUUUAUGGUCGAGCCAUUAACGUUAACUUGCCAGUAUUGCACCUACUAUUCAAUUCCGUACGAUAACUAUUUUCCCUUUAUGACUUGCCUCCCUACCUUGCAUAGGCAGAAUGUAUCGAACACCUCUAGUUUUUCAAUAACAUCAUCUUGAACUACUGUUCAA